AACACGCGUGUUCAAUGUCACACGCUGAGGAAGAUGCACGAGCUUCAAACAGACAGCUAACUGUUAAUGAGCGGCUGACUUAAGUAACUCAAAAUAAUUUAAAGGAACGCUCGUUUCCAGCUACCAGCCAUGGCAACGUGUGGUGGAUGCAGUUUCUUUGUGCUAGCAUUAAGGACAGUGUGUGGCCAGAGACAGGCCAGACCGUUAUUAACACAAGCUGUAUGUAGCUCCAGGACUAUAUUUACCUCAACGCGAUCGUAUUCCUUGGACUCACUCUCAUCCGGUUCCAGAAAGGCACCAGCGCAAACUGGCAAAACCGAACGGACGUCACCCUCCCUGGGUCUCCCUCAGAGAAACCUCUCUGCGGUUGCUGUGUCUUUGCAGGGCCAGUGCCGACCGCUUUGCCGUUACGACCUCCUUGAUCUGGGUGAGGUAGUGGAGAAUACACGCAAAGCGCUAACAUGCAGGAGUCUUAGGCGUUUUAUCGUCGAGCCCGCUCUGGCCAGAGUAGUAGCCGACCACCUAGCACCAGACCUUGAAGAUGGAAAAGCUGUUAUUUUUGAGUGUAACCCAGGCCCAGGGGUGUUAACACGUACUCUGCUGAACUGUGGUGCACAGAGACUGGUGGCAUUAGAAAGCGACAAAUCCUUCCUAGCCGACCUACAGGCACUGGAAAGCAAGCUGGAUGGGCAGUUUGAGGUAGUGCAUUGUGACUUCUUCAAGUUGGACCCCAUUGGCCAGGGCAGCAUGAAACCACCAGCCAUGUAUUCAGAGAAACUCUUUUCUGACCUUGGUAUCUCAGAGGUUCCCUGGAGCGCUGAUGUUCCUGUGAAGGUGGUUGGGAUCUUCUCUCAGAGAAAUGAGAGGAGUAUGCUGUGGAAACUGACCUAUGCCCUGUAUGAGCGUCAGUCCGUCUUCCGCUAUGGCCGCGUGGAACUCAUCAUGUUCAUCAGUGAGAAAGAAUACACAAAAAUCAUGGCCAAACCAGGGGAUUAUAGAAACUACCAGGCCCUGGGAGCUCUCUGGCAGAUGGCCUGUGACAUCGAGCUGCUUCAUAAGGAGCCAUGGUCAUCCUUUGUUACCACAUCAAAAAAUGGUGGAAUGGCAGUCCCAAGGAGCAGCAUACCAAACGACCACCUUUGCUUGGUCCGAAUAACCCCUCGUGAGGAUUUUUUCUCCUCUGCCCUGACUCCUAGCAACGGUGGCACACUGGUGAUGAUGAUUAAGCAGUGCCUUGCCAAGAGAAAAGCCAGGCUGGUUGACAGGCUCAAUUCGUGGUGUCCUGGAAGUGGCAGAGACCUGAUGUCUAAGAUGGGUCUUUAUGAAGAUGUUGUGACGGGCGACGUGCACCCGGACGAAUACAAGCGUCUUUUCGAGCUGAUGGAGCAGUCUGAGCAGUUCACUCAGAGCUGGCUAUACGAGGAGAUUCUGGAGAACACCAAGAACACAGGCUGUGUAUAAUAAUGCUACCUCGCUAUCAUAAGCUUCAGACUGAGCACACUGGUCACUAUGACAUGUUGAGGAGACAGACAGUAAGGCUGUGAGCAGCAUCUGAAUGUUUUAUGGAUCUCUGACAUCGGGAGGGCCGGCCACGUAUAGCAGCAAAGGGGCAAAUGUGUAGCUUUGUCAAACAGCCUUUGUCUAGUUACACUGUUUGGACAGAUGUGGGGCCCUUAAAGCACCGACGCAAUGUCAGAUUGGAGUCAUAAAUACAAAAAAUCUACAAGUUGUACACUGUUGAAGUAGCAUAACAUAUAACACCGUAAACUGAUAGGCUUUUGGGUUCAUUCAUGUCUUGCUGUGAAUUGCCUCGUGUAAUCUUUGUCUGUUAUAACUUUUCAUAAGUGAUUAUGUGGUACAUAUGAGCUUUAUGUGAACACCAACCCUAAGACACAACAGUGUAAAGCGUACAGAGGCUGAAAAAACUAAAUAUGUUGGCUCAUCCUUUAUUUUUACAAGAAAAUAUGACAGACCGAUUUAUCGUCCCUAUGCUCACUGCAUGAUAACGCUUGUUUAUUUCAUAAUAGCUGAUGAAAUAUUCAUAAAGUUCUUAAAACAACCAAAAAUAAUAAGGUGAAGUGCAUCAUCCUCCAUUAAAAGUUAAUGUGGGAAAACACACAGUAUC